AGAACAAGCCCUUAGAAUAUGUCAGUCACAAGGACAAUUUUUGCCUGAUAAUUUGGUCAACUUUAUUUAGGGACCAAUAUAUAUAUAGAGAUUAUUAGAGUGUAUCCUCAAAAAUAGAGAUGAUUAAACUUAGAAUAAUUAAUAUAAGAAGACUUCCAAACUUGGAAAUGAUAGUGUAAUUUUUUUCCUUUUUUUUUAUCAACUUUUGCAAUGUCUAUUGAACAAGUAGUACUAUGUUUGUAUGCACGUUGACAUGAAAACACCACUACGUGCACCCAAGUACUCUAUAACUUAGUUGUGUGACCAUGUCUUUGGACAAACCGUCCUCGAACACCCCUGUAUAUAACCGGCCUCGAACUUCCCCUAUAUAUCAUAUGAUCUAAAAAUACAACAUAUACAUCUAAUUUACUUAGCUACUUCUUUAAUCUUAGUCUUGUCUUAAUACAUUUAAGAGAAAUAAUAUGGCUAGGGUUAGGACAAAUUCGUCCUCUACUGCGGCAGUAGCGGUUGCUCUUCUGAUGAUGACCCUCGUAGGCCAAACUUAUGGUCAAUUGCAGCUUGGGUUCUACAUUGGAAAAUGUAGGUCGAACAACGUUGAGAAGGUCAUUUUCGACAUCGUCGAGGAAGCUUUCCGGAGCGACAAUAGAAUUGUAGCUUCUCUUCUAAGGUUGCAGUUCCAUGAUUGCUUUGUUAGGGGAUGUGACGCGUCCAUCUUGCUAGAUGGGAGCAACACUGAAAAAGCUGCUGGAGCAAAUACAGGAGUUGGACCCUUUGAUCUUAUUGAUAGAUGUAAGACAAGUUUGGAGCAAAAAUGUCCCGGAGUUGUCUCUUGUGCAGAUAUCAUCGUCAUAGCAACUAGAGUUGCAGUUUCCUUGGCUGGAGGAAGAUGGUACCGUGUUGAAGUUGGAAGAAGAGAUGGUGUUAUUUCACGUGCUGAAGAUGCUCAAUCAAACCUUCCUGGACCAACAAUCUCUGUUCCUGGCGCCGUCGAUGUAUUCGCAAGAAGAGGACUAAACACUAAUGAUUUUGUACUACUUUUAGGUGCUCACACUACUGGUAGGAUCCAUUGCUCAUUUAUGUUGGAGCGUCUUUACAACUUCCAAGGAUCAGGAAGCGCAGAUCCAACCAUGAACCCAUCCACUGUCUCAUCUCUAAGGAACACAUGCCCUCGCAGUGGAUCAAACAACUUCGUUUUCGCAGACCAAACUCCAGGAAGUGAAUUUAAGGUGGAUAAGGGUUUCUUCUUGGCAAUUAGGCAAGGUAAAGGUACACUCCAAAUUGAUCAACAAAUUGCACUCCAUCCACUUACUUCAGGGAUUGUAAGAAGGUUGGCAACAACUGGUGAUUUUGCAUUCCAAUUUCCUGGUGCAAUGGUCAAGCUUGGUAGGGUUGGUGUUCUUACUGGUAGUCAAGGCCAAAUCCGAAGAAACUGUCGUCGUGCUAACUAAUACUACUACUACUAGUUGCCAUUUCUUCACUGAUUUGGUCGCCAUGCAUUUUCAGUGGAGUACUGUCUCGAAUUCAAGCUCCAACUAACGCAUUAUAUUAUGUUUUUGUUUUCUCUUACAAGUCCUAUUGUUUUGUACCCAGAUAAUACUAUGGUUUGAUCUUUCCAUGUUACAUGUUUUUUGCUAUUCUAAUAAUUUCAAUUGGAAGAAUUAUUUGCCAUUUGAGAUAUAUCUAGAGUGCUUAUUUAAAUUUGGUGAAACGAUGUUGGAUUUUAUU